AUGCUCGCACAGGUGCCAGCGGACAAGCAGCUCGAACAAUGGGUGGAGGCUGUAGAGUCCUCCGACUUGUUCCAGGGUGGGCUGACGGCGGAUAAAGACUGGGAAUUGGGGAGAGACGGGCUGAAGAGGGAGGUGGGCCGCUGCAAGCAGUUCUCUCGGACUGGAGUUGCCUUGGACUUCGCAACUCUGAUCGGGGUCAUCAAGCUGGUCUUAAGAUAUCGACGGAUAGAAAGCAAAACCGAGGGCGGAACGAAGUCCGUGAGGCAGCUUCACAAAGACGACCUCGCCAAGCUGUGCCCCCACGACAAGCCUGCAUUGCGGACCUUACAAGACUGGAUCCGACUCGGUAUUCGGUGUGGCGUGUUGGCUGCAGGAGGUACUGUGGACUGUCUAGUCCUGGUGUCGGCGUACAAUUUGAAGAGUGAACUCAACCGUUUGAAUGAAGCUGCAAUAGCCGAGGUAGCAAAUUGGCUUCGCGCUCCGCAGCCAGGAACUGUCAUGGGCGACCUCGUUAUCAACCGGAUCAUACCUGUGGUAGAGCAACUUCACAAGCGACUGCACGGGGCCGUUCUGUUCAAAGAUAUCCCGGGUAACGAUGAGCUUCUCAAGCCGUGUCUCGAUAAUACGUUCGACUUGUGCAAUCGGGACGCGACCUAUUGGGCGGGUUGUCUGGCACCCCUCAUGGCCGACAGCAACGCAACGGUUCCUGCGGCAACACCUGUGAAGGAUGCAGCGCCGGCGCAAGCGUGGACCAUAACAAUGUCGUUCUCUGCAGCAGCAACGCCCAAGCCUAGCGACCUCCGCGAUGCCUGGACUGGCGAAGCCUGGACUGAGCUUGAACGUAGCAGAGCGGCAAGGGCUCAAUGGACUGUGGAGCCUGCUUCAUUAGAGGAAACCGGUUCUGAGGUAAUCGACCAGCUCGACUCUCACUUUCAUUCAGGAAGACGUAGGGACCCACACUCCUACGUUGGUAUUGACGCGGCAACGGUAACAUCGUCUGGUGGCAGACUUCUGCUGCAAUACGAUGACGGCUCCCUUCUAUGUUUCGUGGACACUGCUCUACCACAAGAUUUCCGACAAGAUCUGUACAGCAAUCUCGUGGCAUGCUUUGGUGACCGUGAUUCCCUUAAGCAGACCGACUCAAGGGCUGCUGGGGACUCCAAUCAAUUUCCAGCAAUCCACUUCUCGUGGUACAACCGCAAUGCCACCAAGGGAAGCGAUGCACCGUGCGAUGUGCAUCCUCUACAACUGGAGAGGGAAGGACGAAAGACAAACCACAGGCAGUUUAUCCCAUAUCCAUCCGCAGAUAUGGAGCGAUACGGGGACGUAUUUCAGACCAUGGAGAAGCUCACUUCCUUCCUACCGGAGGAGGUAAAGGUGUUGUCGUCGUAUAUUCAGGAUCUGCCCGGAUCCCACCAACCUCUCGUCUCCCCGUUCCUCAGCCUCGUGGUGAACCUCAAUGUCGCCACAAAGGCGCACCGGGACCCGAAGGAUCACGCAUACUGCCUUGUCGUGCCAAUUGGAGAGUUUGAUGAAGGCGAACUCUGCCUGUAUGAGCCAGGCCUUGUACUCCGCAUCAAGAACGGGGACUUCGUUUACUGCGUGGCUGAAACCUGCUCCAAGGGAUUACCGAGGGGCAAUCUUUCGUUUGCGCCCAUUCCGGCUCGCUGGUCACCCUUUGCAGACGCUAUGUACCCAAUCCAACUCGCGUACGGUCGGUUUGUAGAUGCGCUCUCGUCUGACAUCAGCCCCACGCUUCCCAAUAUGUGGCGGUCCCCGCUGUGUUCGUCGACCAUUGCAGCCGGUGUGAUCGUGUAUGCACAUUCGAGUCUGCCCGAGCAGUUCGGAGGUUGCAUGCUCGGUGCGGGUCAGACUGUGCAACAACCAUGA